UUGCAGCUUCCCAUGGCGACCUCCGGAGAAGGCGGAAACCCCAGUGGCAGAGCGCCCCCUUGGCCCCUGGCACAGCUACAGGAGCUCGAGCCACGGGUGGCCCGCCGACGCCUGUCCCAGGCCCGCCACCGAGCCACGCUGGCCAGGCUGUUCAGCAGCCUCAGGAAAACAGUUUACUCCCAUUCCGAUCUCACAGCCUCGAAGUGGCAGGUUUUGAAUAAGGCGAAGAACCACAUCCAGGAGCUGGAAGAAACCUUGGAUAACCUGCUGAAGCUGAAAGAGUCCUUCAACCUGGAGGAUGGGAAUGCAAAUAGCUUAGAGGAGGUCAAGGCAGAAUACGCCAACAUGUACUCUGACAAUCUCAGGUAAGAUUCCCAAGCGUCACCUCGCGAUGGGCAAGACCCAUGGUAUCUCAACUUUUACAAGCAGACGAUGGACCUUCUAAUCGAGAGCGGGAUUGUCUCCUUACACGAGGUGACACUCCCCAUUGUCUCUGCUGCCAUCUCCCACCUGUGGCAGAACCUCUCUGAGGAGAGGAAGGCCAGUCUCCUGCAGGCCUGGGCACAGAGGCACAGCGACCUCCAGGGCCUUGGUGGGGCCUGUCAGGAGCCGGCCUGUGCCGACGGCAGCAUGAAGGACAGUGGGUUUGACAGCCAAGGAGCCAGCUGCUCGCUUGUCUCCACCCCGGAGGAGAUACUCUUUGAAGACGCCUUCGAUGUGGCCAGUUUCCUGGACAAAAAUGAGGCUCCCAGUACAUCCAGCUCUAGUUCAGUGUUUGCCGGCCGCAACCCAGAAUAUCCGGAGGAGAAGUUUCAGCUCUACAUGCAGAUCAUCGAUUUUUUUAAAGGCCUUUGCUAUAUUAACCCUCAGUUAAAACAGGAACCAGACCAGUCCAUUGACGAUGAGCUGGUAAUGCUGAGGUGCCUGGAGACCUUUGACGAUGAAGAUCUGUGACACGGAACGGCUGGCACGGGAAGGGGUGAAGGCAGUGGGCAGUUUCCAAGUAUUAAUGCCGGCAGCCAAGGCUGUACCCACCUCCCCCUUCCGGGAUAUUGCAGAAUGUCCCAGAACAUUUUGUUGG